UGCGUGACGGAGCCUGAACACAAACACAAAUUUCUGUGGCAAGGUUGUUUGAAGGUGGCCAGGGCUUCUUUACGUCAUUGCACGGUUCGGGGUAGACCCUCCGGGUGUACGAAACUAGGUCAUUCUUAACCAUCCACCCAUCAGGAGGCGACCAGGUGUAGACCUACACUGGAUAUCGGUCGACUAACUCUAUACGUGUUCGUAGACUCCAUAAAGCGAUUUCGUUGGAUUUGGAUUCUUCCUUUGCAUCCAAGUUUUCUUUCAAUCAACACGCGUGCUGUUUGGAUACAAGGUUAGUACUUUUCUGGAAAUUUAACUUUUGACAACAAAAUAUGCCUUCAAUGUUACGAACCUAACUUCAGUUGUAACUAUUCGAUUUAGGCCCCAUCUAAAGUUGGCACAUUUCAUUGGUGCACAUUCGUAUAGUUACAAAAGCAAAACAAAUAUAUUUUUUUUUUUAAAUAUAUAAAAAUUAUAUAUUUCGAAAAGAGAAUUGCAACAUUUUUUCACCUUUUCCUGUAAACCAUUAAAAUGCCAUGGUCAACUAUGAAUUAAGUUUUAAAAUAUUGAAGGUAAAUUAAAUGUUAAAUUCUUCGCUACAACUUAAAAGAAACCUGCACAUUUUUGUGGUGGUUAACCGUUAUGGUUUUAAAACGUUUUCUAAGACUAAGUUUUGAAUUAUAUUUUUAAAACAAAACUGCUGAAGGCUUAAAGACUAGGACUUUUAAACUUUAUUUAGAUAAUAAUAACUCUUUUAACAAAAAAACAAAGACAAAGUUAAGGGGAGAGAAUCCAAAACAAAGUUGCCGUUGGCCGCUCAAUCUGAAACAGCCAAUAUAAAUUAUAGACUCGGUUAUUCGAAAGUAUGAGUUGAAUUUCAGAGGCGGGAUCAUCAUCACACCCCCCCUCCCCCGGGACACCUCAUCAUCUACACACCACAUCUCAUCCCAGGACACCUCAUCGCCACCCCUUAUAUCAUGCCCAACAUAUCUUAACAUAUUCCUAACACAUCUUAUCUCAUGCCUAGCGCAUCUUAUCAAAUGCCCGGCACAUCACAUCUCAUGCCUAGCACAUAUGACCUCAUGCUCGUCACAUCUUAUCUCAUGCCUGGCACAUUAUCUCAUGCCCAACACAUUUUAUAUCAUGCCAAACACAUCUUAUCAUAUGCCCGGCUUAUCUUAUCUCAUUCCCGGCACAUCUUAUCUCAUGCCUAGCACAUCUGACCUCAUGCCUGGCACAUCUGACCUCAUGCCUGGCACAUAUUAUCUCAUGCCCGGCACAUAUUAUCUCAUACCCUGGACAUAUAUCAUGCCCAACUCAUCUUAUAGCAUGCCCAACACAUCAUAUCUUUUGCCUGGCACAUCUUAUUAUAUGCCCGCCUAAUCUUAUCUCAUGCCCGGCAAAUGUUAUCUCAUGUCUGGCACAUAUUAUACCAUGCACAAGACAUCUUAUUAUAAGCCCGGCACAUAUUAUCUCAUGGCCGACACAUCUUAUAUCAUGCCCAACACAUCUUAUCUCAUGCCCGGCAGAUCUGACCUCAUGCCCGGUACAACUUAUCUCAUGCCCGGCACAUCUUAUCUCAUGCCCGGCACAUCUUAUCUUAUGCCCGGCACAUCUUAUCUCAUGCCCGGCACAUCUUAUCUCAUGCCCGGCACAUCUUAUCUCACGCCCGGCACAUCUUAUCUCAUGCCCGGCACAUCUUAUCUCAUCCCCAGCACACCUCAUUCCUUCCCACCCCCCCCCUAAUCCCAUCCUAGUUAUUCUGAUCCCACCCCAUCUCCAAGUCAGCCUUCAUCCCCAGCUCACUUGAUUUUAUCCCCAAUCCAUCUGAUCCCAUUUAAGUCUUUCUAGUCUUAUAGCUCUGUAUUUCUACAAUGUAUGUUGUGUUUAGUACAACUCUGAUAUCCAAAAAUAUUGAAAAAAUAUAUAUAUUAACUGUUUAAUAUAAUCAUUCAGUAGUCAACUCAUUCGUUUUGGUUUACAAACUUCAAUUAUUAAUUAUACAACGUACUAAUCCUAUGAACAACUAGUUCCCUCUGUAAUAUGAGAUUGAUACAUACAUUUUUAAUUCCUUAGAUUCCAUAACUCAAGGGAAGGGAACCAAAGAUGGCCACCCCUCGCUUCCCGUUGUACUGUGGCCUUUUGUUACAGCUAUUUGUAUGUGGUUACGCUCAGUACCUUACGCUUACAACUCAAGCCUGUAACAAUCAAAAUGUUAGCAUCAAUUGCAAUGGAAAGUAUAUUAACAUCCAACAGAUCUUCUAUGGCGCUCUAGAUGUCAAUACUGAAAGGUAACUGAAGUUUUUAUUUUUUCCUCUUUAACAAACUCCCUGGCUGUGGUGCAUUGGCAGUGGGAAUCGCAUGAGUCCUGGGUUCGAAACCAGAGUGUGUCCACACCAGCAUUUUGUUUAAAAGCAAAAACACACAUUUAUUUCGUGAGUUGUUUUCACCGAAGUGGGAUAGGUGAUUUGUGUGGGAAAUGUUUUAAAAGGUGAGGGGGGGGGGCGCUCAAACUAAAAGAAGUGGCUUAAAAUUCCUCCUGUAAUUCGACCGAUUGAAACAUUUCCCUGACAAGAGGACGCACUUAUUAUUCCUCGAACUGGCGCACCAGUCAAAUACUGAAAGUAUGGAUACAGAAACAAAACAUACAAAAAAUCACAAUUUUUUGCUACCAAAAAAAAAAGUUUAAAGCAAAAAAAUUAAUGCAUAAUAGCAAAUUGAUUACAUUACUAAUUUGCAAAGGUAAGUAGCUAGUAAAAGAUGCAAAGGAGUCGGUAAGUAGCAAGUAUACUAUACAAAGAAGUCACCAAGUGGCAAGUAAAAGAUACAAACAAGUCAGUAAGUAGCAAGUAAAAGAUACAAACAAGUCAAUAAGUAGCAAGUAAAAGAUACAAACAAGUCAGUAAGUAGCAAGUAAAAGAUACAAACAAGUCAGUAAGUAGCAAGUAAAAGAUACAAACAAGUCAAUAAGUAGCAUGUAUAAGAUACAAGGAAGUCAGUAAAGAGCAAGUAAAGGAUAUUUAUAUAAAUUAGUGCAACAACUAAUGAAAAAUGAAUGUCGCAAAUGCCAUAUCGUUGAUACAACAUCAAUGAAACAUCCAAGACAAGUGGAUAUCUAUUCAUCUUGCAGGUAUUGAAAUACUUCCCGUCAACCAGUAUCAAACAAAGUUGGAUAAGAUUGAGGGCUAGAUCAAUUUGAUAAAGAAAUACACUCGAGGAAAAGACUGCAGGGACUGCCGAGCAUAAAUUUAAGAGAAGUUAUGUAGUAACCCCCCCCCCCCCCUUUUUUAAUCCCUACCCUCCAGUCCGGACAGCCUCUAUUAUCAGGCAUCACACUUUAUCUACCCCCCCCCCCAACAGGCCUUGAUAAGCCCCUCGCCCCACGUACAAUUGAUUGGUUUAGCAAAUGGGGAUCACUUCGCCCAAGGAGCACCAGACCGGCCAGCUAUGUUGCCCCCUUUUUACAACACCAGAAAUCCAACUUCCUGUGGACGGGAUGGACAGAUUAACGUCCUUCACCUACACCUCCCACCCCCACCCCCACCUCCAUCCGAUCGGAACUUACGAUUCCUCCCACAGACACCAUUUAAAAGGGCCUUAAUGGGGCCUUUAAAUUUAGUUUCUACACCGAAAGUUGUGUUCUUGCAGUAGCUGGGACGAAACAGUUGCCACAUAUCACACAUCUAUGGGCUGUCCCUACACACCUCAUCUCAAAUGUGUGGGCUGCCACUACACGUCACGUAUCUAUUGUGCUUCAACGGUAACCAGUAACUGUGUUUCCGCGCUAAUAGUUUUAUUUUACGCCUGUUCAGUAAAGAGCUACGCUACGUCACAUGCUGAAGGUGAUAUGUUGUGCCACAUGGUGAAGGUGCAAUGUUACUGAGUUCUAUUCCUAAAUAAAGUUCCUAUUUUAACAGCGUUAAGCCAGACCUGAAUUGUGUGCGUUCCAAGUGCCUUGAUAAUUAUCUUCUGAAAUCGUACAGAUAUCUCACCCGUAGCAGCUACAACGCAACAGUCUACGAACAUACUCAUUGUACACAUAUUUGUUUUACACUGGGUCGUAAUUGUACAUUGAUUCGUUGUUGGAAUGUUGUACAUUGAUUUGUUGUUGUACACCGAGACAUAGCUGACUUUAACACGAAUCCCGGCAAAUGAACAUUCUUUUAUAAAAUACAAUGUAAUUUUAAUGUAUAAGAAUAUUAAGGCGUAUUUUCACGCCCCCCUUCCCCCAACCAACUAAAAAAAAAAAAAUAUCCCAGAAAUUCAGUUCAAUAAAUGCCUAAAAUUCAAACACUUUCCUGUUACAACGCGGAAGGAAACUUUAUUCAAAAGGACUGUGGCGACUUACAGUGCGACACUGAUGUCCUAGUUGCAGCCUUUUCACAUCCACGCUCUGAGUUCACUGUUCACUUCGCAUCUUGUGUUCACAUCGCAAAGAUAUUUGACGAUAUCAUCAUUUGUGUACAGAAUAAAAAGUAUUGAAUAUAUUAAGAGAUUAAAAUGAAACUAUUUGUAGUUGGAGGGUUAGAGAUUAUUCAUGUGGUUAUGUGUGUGUGUUAAGAAAUGAUCUCUACUUAUAACUUACCUCUUUAUUUUUCAGUGUAUGCCCCUCUGGGAAUGACACCGCCGAAUGCUGUGACAGGUUAAAAUCGGGCGACUGCCAAGUUCUGUAUCAAAAUGCAAGCUUUAAAAACGAGUGCCAGGCCCUUACAUCUUGCCUCACACAGCCAGUUACAGAGAUCAAUUUGGGGAAAAGCUGCGACAUUACCAAGUAUAAAAACGUGUCCGCUUACGUCAUAGUUCAGUACACAUGUGAGGAUGCUGUGCCCACCACCACACCCCUAUCAACCACUGUGACCUCCACCACCACCGUGUCCACCACAACCACAACGGCGCCCACGACCCACUGGGCGCCGCCCACCACGACAGAGUACGUCAAUUUCCUGUCGAUGGGAGCGCAGGCCGGCAUCAUCGUGGCCAUCAUGGUCGGGCUGACCAUCAUCUUCGCCGCCAUCACCGUGUACAAGUGCGUCAAGUACGGCCCCAGCGACGACACGAGGAAGUUCUUCAGCAAGGCGCCCGAGCCGGGCGCCGUGGAGGAUCCCAAGAUCAUCCCGUGGGUGCCCGGAGAAGCGCAGGAGGAGAUCUACAGAAACAUCACGGAGAAGGCCAGGGCCAAGGCGGAAGCCAAAGCCAAGAGGAAGCGGAAGUUCAAGUUCUGAAGAUUCCCUGGCGAGGAUCUGAAUUCGUAGCGGUAAUUGGAAAGUUCUGAUAUGUCCACAAAGCGUCCAGCAUUGUUUUAACAUUGUGUUUCAAUGACCUUGAAAAUGACGCCCAUAUCUUGUAACAUUUUGAACCCCCCCCCCCGAAAAAAAAAGUGAACCAUCUAAAAUGAGUGUCAUUGUAAUGUCCACAAAGCGUCCAGCAUUGUUUUAAAAUUGUGUUUCAAUGACCUUGAAAAUGACGCCCAUAUCUUGUAACAUUUUGAACCCCCCCCCCCGAAAAAAAAAGUGAACCAUCUAAAUAGAGUGUCAUUGUUAUCAUGCAUGUAUGCAAAGAUGUAUUUAUCUUUAUUUUAAUAGUGUAAAUAUUUAAGAGGUUUUAACUGUUUUAUUUUCAAGUGUAAAUUUUGAAGGCUUUGCAAAUUAAUUUACCGGUACUUCAAUUACGAACUCAAUACAAAUGUCCAUAUUAUAAAAAAAAAAAAAAUGGGAAAUGUGUUCUGUGGCCUUGAACUGUAUGUGCCGAUUUUAGCCUGGAUAAUUUUAUGUUUAGAAUUUAUAUUGUGGCCAAUACUCUCGUUGAGCUGAUCUUGAAAACAGAGGUAUUGUUAAAUGGACCAAUUUGUUUUAUAGAGUGGGUGCGAACAUAAUUGAUUUUUGAACAGUGAAAAUGAAUAAAUAACUCUAGUUCCAAUUAAAAACACAAAUUGAAAAAAUGCAUAAAUCUUUUGGGUGUGAGGAGUGGGGGGAGAGUGGAUAAAGGUGUGGGUGUGGGAUGGUGAUGCUCGAAAAUAAAAUUUCGCUAUUUAAAGGUGCACACCUUUUACACCAGUGGUUCUCACUCAAACUUCCCAGUGCCGUGACCCUGUAACACCGCUCAUUAAGUUGUGGUGGCCGCUUCUGAUGAACUCAUUUUCGUCGCUACUUCAAAAAUAUGGUUUCCCAAUGAGUCAUAAGUGGCCCCUGUGUAAGGACAAUUCGACGGCCAAAGGAGUCACAACCCACAUGUUUAGAACCGCUGUUUUUAGACAAAAUCCAAAUUGUAAACAAAUAUCCACUAUUUAGACAAAUUAUCCACUAUUUAGACAAAUUAUACACUAUUUAGACAGAGAUAUCUUCCAACACUCCAUGAAUGCAUUUAAUCUGAAAUGGUCAAUUUCUACACAAAUUUAUGGAGGAACAAAUACAAAUAAGGUCUCUGUUAAAUAGUUAGUGUGUCAGUAUUCGAUUAUCUGUUAUGCCAAAUCUCUUCAAUCAAUAAGUUUAACAAUUUCUCCAUGUCUUACAGUAUUCUUAAAAGCAUUUAUGACAUUGUACAUAGCAAAUAUGGUUUACACAUAAUAAUCAGAGCUUUUUGAAACGGGAUAACUUUUAAUGUGAAAACUGUCUGUUACUUUGUAUG